GAACGCAGCAGAGUAGACUUUACCCUGUUGUCAAAGCAGUCUCAUCAGUAGCAAUGUCUGCAUAUAUUCUGGGUGUAGACGUGGGUACCACUUCGGUAAAAGCCGUUUUAUUAGAAACUGGCUCCAGGUCGGUGGCUGCCACUCAGGCUUUGCCGACUACGUCUGAUAUAAUCGACCACAGCGGAUUAAAGGCGAAAGAACAGGACACCGGCCGGAUCAUCGACACUCUGAACCGGUGCAUUGGCCUGCUGCCCAGAGACAAGCUGCAGCAUGUGAGGAGCAUCGGGAUAUCCGGACAGAUGCACGGGGUUUUAUUCUGGAAAGCAAAGAGCGGCUGUGAUUGGUCCAAGAGGGAUUUCUUCACAGCCAGAGACACCAGUCAGCUCAUCACUUGGCAGGAUGGCCGCUGCAGCAGUGACUUCCUGUCCUCACUUGCAAAACCAGACUCACACCUUAGUGUAGCCACAGGUUUUGGCUGUGUGACAAUUCUCUGGUUCAUGAGACACAGGCCGGAGUUCCUUGAGGAGUACACAGCUGCAGGAACCAUCCAGGACUAUGUGGUGUCCAUGCUGUGCGGUUUGGACGGGUGCGUGAUGACGCCCCAGAAUGCAGCCAGCUGGGGUUUCUUCAACACCUCGACCAACCAGUGGAAUAUAGACAUUCUGAAGGGUGCCGGCUUCCCUUUGCACCUACUUCCUCGGUGUGUGCCGUCUGGUGGCUCGGCAGGACAGACAUGCUCUGACUGGCAUGGUAUCCCUGCUGGUACGCCAGUGGGUGCCGCCUUGGGAGACUUCCAGUGCUCUGUCUACUCCUGCAUGAGUGCACGGACAGAUGCAGUUCUCAACAUGAGCACCUCGGCCCAGCUGACCUUCGCCAUGCCGGCUGACUUCAAACCUCCAGACUCUCCUCAGCCUGCCUGCUCCAUCUCCUACUUCCCCUACUACGAUUCGUACUUGGCAGUGGCGGCUUCGCUGAACGGAGGGAAUGUUCUGGCCACUUUUGUGGGGAUGCUCACUGCAUGGAUGAAAGAGCUGGGAGUGGAGCUGAGUGAUUCAUGCCUCUAUGAGAAGCUGAUUGGUUGCGCCCUGAGGCAGGAGACGACCGACCUGAGGGUGAGUCCCACCAUCCUGGGGGAGCGACACGACCCUCUCUCCCUUGCUCAGGUGACCAACAUCUCUACUACCAAUCUCUCCCUGGGUCAUGUGACCAGGGCACUGUGCCGCGGAGUCAUCGACAACAUCACCUCCAUGAUGCCUACUGAGCUUCUGCAGCAGGCGGGGGUCAGCAGGAUUGUGGGCAGUGGGAGUGCCAUUGCCCGAAAUGAGGUGCUGAGGCAGGAGGUGGAGAAAGCAUUUCUUCUGCCGGUCGUGUAUGGACAGGACGCGGACUCUGCUGUCGGCGUCGCCAUGGUUCUCUGUGACCUAAUGAAUGAGUCUUAAUCCACAGGGGAAUCCCUGUGCUGUAUGUUUACCUGAUUUAAUUCAGAGUUUUGCACAUUUUUAAUUAACUUAAUUAAAGGUAUCAUUUGUUGUAGCGCUACAACAUGUUUUGCUCUGUAGCCUCUUUCACAUGUCGUUUCCGGUAAAUGACCCGGAUCAGCCUUGUAGUCACCACUAGUGCCGAGGUAGUGCCGGAAUAGAUGGAGCAAAGGACAGUCCAACUGAUGGUGGUGAUGGAAGCAACCUCCAUUAAACUUAAACUGAAGAAGACAGGGCCUUUCCAGGCCCCCAUGAAAUUAGCUCAGCCUUGCAGCAAUUUUUUCUCAGUGGCCACUGGUGGCAUUGCAGCAAAAAAAUCUCCUGCGGCCCAGAGAGCAUUUCCCCCUUAGGCCACCACUGUAAAAGACAAGUCCGUAAAACUGUUGACGCCUUGAACUGCCAGCAAGGUCAAUUAUGAAUCUUUCUAUUUUUAAUUUUUGGGCCAUGGUGGUUUUAUGUUUUUAAAACUUUCCUUACGCAGAGAAAAGCAAUUGAAAAAUCUGUGAUGUGAGCUGAGCAGGAACUCGCAGAAGAAACACUACUGCGAAGCCGAACACCGUUCACCUGCACACACUGUGAUGCCACACAGCUGGUUCAAUAUCAGCAAAGUUUCCCUUUAUAUUCAUUGUCUUCUGUGGCGAUCAGCAGUGAUGUGGUGGUUCACUUUUACACUGUGAUCUGUAGCCUAUAGUUCGGCUUUAGCUUCUAACUAUCUUUGUCUUUUUUGACCUGUUUUUGCAGCUGAAUCAUUUUCACAUCGUGUCUAUAUCCUUAAAAUGCAUAUUGUAGACACGCUGCAAACUCCAGGGCUGAAAAGUAAAGUCAAACCUAAGUGCCAAAAACUGCAGUUCUUUGAGCGGCCACUUGAGGCUGCCUCCAGAUGCCAGUCAAUCCCCAUUGACAACCAUGUUAAAUAUCCAACUUUACAGCAGAAAUAAACAUGUUUACAGCCUGGUGCAACAAAUGGUUUGGUCUCUAUAGCUAAUUUCCCCCGUUAUGACUGUACAGGAGGUGAAUUUUUAUAUAACUCACCUGUUGACAUUUUAUUAAGGCUUUAAGUUAUGCAUAGUUGAAGGUGUGACAGGCUGUCUGCUGAUAGUGUCCUUGGCCCCUCACUCCGAUCCACGCCUCGCUCCUCCACAGCGCCAACCUCUUGCCCAAAUAUGGUCACUUCUGGCUCCACAAAAACCAAGAUGCCAACGGCCAAAAUGCAGAACUGUACUCUGGUAUGGUACACAUCAGGUGUGAACACCAACUGUACCAAAACAAGGAAGUGGACUGCUAUUUAACAGAACUAGGAAGAGUUUUUAACCUGUUAUGAAACAGUUUCAAGUUAAUACUGAUGCCUCUAUAUCAGAUGGCAGGAAAGACUUAGAUCCGUCCUUGCUGCCGCCUUCGACCUGCAGUCGGAGCUCGGGUUGCAGUAGGCGGAGAGCUCCAUGCCCUACAGCAGUGGCUCCUCCUCUGGCCAGGAGCAGAGCUUUUUCGACAGGGCCCUCACUCCUGGGCUGACCUGAAUGCUUUGAAACUGUAAGGCUUCGAUCAUGGCUAUUUUGAAGUGACGUGCCUGCUAACAAAGUGUCUAACUGUCAUGUUGUUUUAAGCUGCAUUGACUUAUGUCCUCAUCUCUUAUUUACCGGGAAGCUUUGAUUAAUCGCAGCCCGUCUUCCCCAAAUCUUUGGUGCCCAAAAACUGGUAUUCAGGACAGCCCUACUCCUCCCUGCUGAAUAUGGUCUCUUGGCAGCAGUGUCCAUGUGUGGCGCCCUUUUUUGCGCUGUUGCCCCACAAAAAUGUCACAAUGAUGAUGCAAGUGUACCCAGGUAUGGAGUGCGGUACGUUAACAAGUACGGUAGGAAGCAAUUGUAACUAAAAUGAAAAUUAUUUUAGGGAAUAUUUCACUGAUAUACCCGGCUUUUUCCGGGUCUGUUUAGUUGUGGUUUAGUCAUGUUUUAUCAGAUAACAUGUUGCCACAAUAGAGAGUUAUAGCAUAAAACCUAGAGUUGCCAUUUUUCAAAGAUGCUCAUCAUUAAUGAGAAACAAAAUCUACCGUUAAAGAGCUCAUUUCUUCGCUGACAGCGGCCUCAUCAGAGCAGUAUACAGUGCAACAACAAACUGAGCCGUAAAAUAGUGAAAGCCCAACAAUCUGCCAUUGCCUCACUCUUCAGCUGUGACAUAGACGCAGUAUUAACGUGACAAGAUCAUGCUCAUUCUCUGCAUGUAGCUGAAAGACAUUACUGUAUAUAUAAAACCCAUGAAGUAGAUCGAAAUCAUGGCGCUGCUGGAAUGCGUCAAAGAUUGAAGAUCACAGUUUUAUGAUCCAUAACAGGAUCUCCGUAUUUGAGCGUGCACUGCUUCUUUAAAUGGAAGCGUAGUUACGGCGUGGUUUAUCAGCACGACCCGCAGUGAGGUGAGGCGUAGCAACUAUUAACAUGUUAGCAUUGGAGCAGAAAAUAGGCUAUGAAGGAAAUGUCCUCUCCUCAGUUAUUACUGUCAUUUUCUUUCACUUCCAUCUGUCUUAUGGUUUCUAUGUCGCUGCGUGUGAGGAGCUUAUUUUCUUUCAAAUUUCCACUUAGCAUCUCAGCGAGUCCAAAAAGAAAAGUCACCUCUUUAUCCUGAGCUGUGGCGAUUCAAUAUAGAUAAGAUGCGUCUAUAAUCAUUGGACUGUGGCAGUGUAGUAAACUUUAUUUGCGUUUGUUAGAAGCCUUUUUUAAAUACCAGAGUGGAUACAUAUUCCUUUCAUCACAUCUUUAUCACCUGAUAGUACACUCUGUACUUUUUGUCCAUCAUGAGACCCUGUAGGAAUGAUGAAUUCUGUAGGACUUUUUUCCAGUAAGUUGAUUGGAUCCGAUUCUCUGAAAUUAACUCUUUAAAUUACAACUUUCUGGUGAUAUUUUUAUGUCUUCACAUUGGCGACAGCUGUGGUGAGAGGUGUUAUGUCUUCAGGUCAUCCAUCUGACCCAUUCUCAUGAAUUCAAUAUCUCAGGAAGAACUUGAGGGAAUUUCUUCAAUUUUGGCACAAACGUCCACCUGGACUCAGCAAUGAUCUGAUUAGAACCACAUUUUUGGCCAUUACUCAAGAAUUCAUACAGUAAUUACGGAAUUUUUUUCACAGAUGUCUAAUAGGAUGAAACGAUGACGAGAUAACUAUAGACUGAAUGAAAUAAUGGACGUAGAUCAAAGUUGCUAGGAGGGCUAGUGGUGCAAUGGGUAAUGUGUCUGACUACGGAUCAGAAGAUUCUAGGUUUGACUCCUGUCUAGCUUGUAUAAAUCUUUUGCAAUUUUCCCCCACUGUGGGAUAAAUAAAGGAUUACCUUAUUAUUAAGCGUAACUUAAAGUCACAAUUAAAUGUAAACGGGUGAGUUACAUAAAAAAUUCACCCCCCGUACCGUUAUGAUGAAGGGGGAGAUUAGCUAAAGAGACCAAAAUAUUUUUUGUACCAGGUUGUAAACGUGUUUAUUUUUGCUGUGAAGUUGGACAUUUUAACAUGUGUUUUGACUCACUCUUGGAGCCAGCCCCAAGUGGCCUGCUAGAGGAAGUGCAGUUUUUGGCACUAUCGUGCUAGCUUCAUUUUUCAGCCUCGGAGGUUGCUGCUGGAUGGUUCCCAACCUUUCUAGUUAACGGACCCUUUUUUAUCAUUCAGUGAGGUGACGACCCCUGACUGAGUGACAUAUUUAAUGGAUAUUUCAGUCUUGAUUUUUUUAAACUGGUGGCAUCCUGUUAAUUAACAGAAAGUUUCUGUUUUGUUUUUGUUUUUUUAUAAUUGCUGAGCAAACUGUUGUCAAUGAGCUGCUACUGUUUCUGUUAUUGUACAGAUUUCUUUCUUAGAGUGUGGGCCUGUGUAGUUUUCCUGCAAUGAGCCAUUAGUUAACAGCUGAUGAGAUGUUACUAUGGCGCAAAUAAAUCCGUAUUAAUAAUUAA